CUUUUAUUUAUCUCCUUAGAUCCGAGUGAACAGCUCUGAGAAAUUUAAAGUAAAGCAAGUAGAUGAUGAAAAGGAGCUAGAAAUUGCAGGGGUGUGGAGUUGGAUUGUGGAAUCGACAGCGUCCAUGUUAAAGGAAAAAGUGAAUGAAACUUACAUUAACGUCGAUCUUUUCAGCAACAAAACCUGCUUCAAAGUGGAACCGAGCAACACAGAGGCUCAGUAUGACGUUCUAUUGACAAAACGUUUUGAUCCACAGCUGAUCCUUAUCUUCACUUUUGGGCUCCUGCUGUUUUUCUAUUCCGAGACCUUAAGCAGAAGUCAGCUUUUCUUCUAUACAACAGGAAUGGGUAUUGGAGUUUUGGCUUCACUCAUCAUUCUCGUCUUUGUCCUCGCUCGUUUAUUCCCCAAGAAAAGUUCUCUCUACUUGCUGAUGGCAGGUGGUUGGUCUGUGUCUCUGUAUCUGAUCCAAGUGACACUGAGGAACUUACGUUUUCUGCUAAGAGAGUGUUGGCAGUAUGUUUUAGGUUAUGUGACAAUAUCUGCCAUCAUCAGUUUUGCUGUCUGCUACAAGUAUGGCCCACUGGAGGAGGACAGAAGUGUCAAUCUUCUAAACUGGGCCCUACAACUCAUUGGACUGUUAUUAAUCUAUUUUGGUAUCCAAGUACGACAAGUUGCUCUGGCACUCAUCAUUGUAGCUUUCUGCAUCAAGAACCUAGAGCGCCCACUUAGGUGGACGUACACUGCAUACAAACAAGUGUUCAAGGUAAGAGGCAAACCAAAGCCCCGAAAGCUUCUAACUGAGGAGGAAUAUCAGAGGCAAGGAGAAGUAGAAACACACAAAGCCCUGGUGGAGCUGCAGCAGUACUGCAGUAGCCCUGAAUUCAAUGCGUGGAAAAUGGUGUCCAGACUUUCAUCACCAAAGAGGUAA